CACGUAACUGUCACAAAUAUUGUCAAAUCAAUCAAAACAUGGCGAAUGCAACAAAUUUGCAUUAGCCAAUCUAAACAUCUUAGCUUGCAAACAUUCAUUUAAAUUUAACUGAAAUUCGCAUACGUAAACUUUACUUUUAAUUAAUUAAAUCAUAAAAGUAUAAAAGCACACAAUGGGACCAAAAAAGGGCAAACUAGACCCGAAGAUGGCGGCGAAGGCAGCGGGGAAGGCAGCUGCAGCGGCGAUGAUGGCCACGGGGCCUCCGCCGAAGCCGAAGAAGAUCCCCCCGCCGCCGGCUUGCUUCACGCCAGAGGACAUCGUGAGGUACAAGGAAAUGUUUAAGGCACAUGAUGAAGAUAACUUGGAAAAGAUACCACUAAAGCUCAUCCCACUAAUGCUAAGAAAGCUGGGCUUCAACCCCAAAACCGAGGAAGUUAAGGAGAUGUUCCGCCUGUUCCUCGAAGACGACCUGGUGGACACGGUGGAGCUUCACGAGUGGUACUUCAUGAUCGAAGCCAAGCUCAAGUGGGGGGACGACAUCGAGCAUGUGGUGACCAAAGCCAUGCAGACUUUGGGACAGGAUGAGGACGAAACAGGGUUCUGUGCCUUAGAUGUUCUUAAAACAGAGCUGUUUACCUGGGGGGAACCGUUUUCGGAAGAAGAGUUUGUAGACUGGGUCAAACUGGCGAUGAAAGACAAAACUUACGACGUGAUGUCCGGAGGGUUCAAUUAUGUCAAGUUUAUUGAAAAUAUGAACGCUAAGGACGAGAGAGCGAAUAAGGAACCAAUAAACUACUUCAAGCUAGACCAGAAGACUCUGGCCGCCUUGGCUAUAAAGAAGGCUCAAGAAGAGAAGGAGGAACAGGAGAAGAAGGAAGCGGAGAAGAAAGCGAAAGAAGAGGCCAAGAGGCUGAAGAUGAUAGCUGAUGGGUUGUUACCACCCGAUUAGUUUGGUCCCAAAUGGUUUCAUGGUAUUCAAAAUACAGGUUUAUAAAUAAAAUUUUGGAAUCAUAAAAUAUAAAAAUAUCGUAAAAUAUGAAAAAAAUCUUUUGGUUUGAAAAGAAGUAAUUUGGAAUUUGGAAUAGCUAGAGGUUGGUACCACCCGAUUAGUUUGGUCGCAAAAGGUAAAGGUAAUACGUAGGUAUACAAAUUACUCAAAUAAGGGGUUUUAAAAAAAAAUGGUAAUUAGGUAUG